CGCGUCUUGCAGGCCAUCCCACCUCGCGCCAUGUGUCAUAGCUGUCACCUUCCCCGUUUUUUUGUUUUUUUUUUCAGGAUCGCUACGCCUUCGCAUUACUGACGCCAUCUAUCGACGAGUCGCAGGACUACACGCUUCUGGGCGGCUAUGAGAACGACACACACACCGUCCUCCGGUUCUCCCGCCCGUGGCGAACGUGCGAUACGGCGCACGACUUUCAGCUUUCGGGCGACACCGUGCGAGUGAUCUGGUCCUACGACGAGCAGGACCCGACGACGCAGGACAGGAUCGGCAUGCACAGCCACCGCGGCGCCAGAAGCCUCUACCUGCGGGAACCCAAGCUGGCUCCUCUGAGGGCUUCGCAGGACGUCCGGCACUGGGAUAUCUUGUCUCCGAGCGUGAGUUUGCCAGAUGACCUGAGAACGCUCUAUUGGUGUAAGCUGUACAAGAUACCCAAUUUGAGGCAAAAGACUCAUGUUAUUGGGUACGUACCCCAGAUAGAGGAGACCAACCUGCAACAUGUCCACCACAUGCUGCUUUACGAGUGUCACCUUCCCAACUCGAACAAGCAUUUGGAGAAAUUCGUUGCAGCCAAGGGAGCCCAGUGCUAUGACCGCAACAUGCCCUUUUCUUGGUCGGCUUGUAAUACACCUAUUGUGGCUUGGGCUGUCGGCUCAGAGGGUGAGAUGUUCCCAGACCAUGUAGGAGUUCCAUUGGGAGAAGAACAUGGUGGAGCUACAUAUUUUAUGCUUGAAAUUCAUUAUAAUAACCCAAAUCUGAGAAAAGGUGUAGUAGACUCAUCAGGUGUAAGAAUAAUGUACACAGAAAAGCUGCGGCAACAUGAUGCAGGAAUCCUGACCCUGGGACAUACUGUAUCUCCCACGCACAUUAUUCCUCCCGGCCAAAAGUGGACUACUGUAGCCCUUUGUACAGCUGACUGCACAGAUGAGACUCUACCAACGAAUGGGAUUAAUGUGUUCCAAGGCUUUCUACAUGCUCAUCUGCUGGGCUCGUCAAUUUCCAUCACGCAAAUACGGAAAGGGAAGGAACUACCAAACGUCUUUAAAGAUAUGUCCUAUGAUUUCAAUUAUCAGCAAGCUCGAGUACUGAAGGAAGAAAUGAAAGUCAUGCCUGGAGAUUCUUUAAUAGUCAAGUGUGGCUAUGACUCCACCAAGAGAAAAAUGCCAACAUUUGGUGGAUUCAGUACCGAAGACGAGAUGUGCCUGGCUUUCCUAACUUAUUACCCAAGAGUGAAUUUGUCGGGCUGUUACUCGCGACCUGACAUGGCUCUCGUCUUUGAUACAUUUGGCAUUCAGGAUCUCUUUGAUAACGAUAUGAAUAUAUUCAACGACCAGAGUUUCAGUGAGGAAUUCAUCAAUGAGGAGUUUGAAGAUUCGUCCCUGACAAGAAUGAAGGACAGAGUGAACAAGCCUGUAGACAUCCACCUCGGAAACAUCUACCGCUACAUCAUUGCAAAAGCUCCUCAGCGCUACUUCAACACAUCUUUUUACGAAAUCUUGCAUGAUAAAGCUACCUGGCAGGACACACGCAUGAUCUCCACAUUGCAGGAAAUGAUUGUUCAUGGGCAACAUGAACCUUCAUGUGAAAAUCAUGGCAGGAUUAUUAUAGAUAGGUUACCAAAGAAGGUCAAGUAUCCAAACUUCAUACCACUUCAAAGUGACGAACAACAAUGUACUCUGGCAGAAAAAGACACUGAGGUGUAUAGGAUUGACACCAAUGUAGCAGUACCAUCAGUUCCAAACACGAAUACAAAGAUUCAGGAGAACCGGGGAGAACAAGGAAACCCAACAGCAAGUCCGGUGAAACCCACAGCAACUGUCCCGUGGCGUCCAGCGGAAGAGAAUGAAGUUGAAAAGGAUUCUCUCACACAGAGAGGAGGGGUUCCUUCCAUUUUCCUGAGUUCCUACCUUCUCUUCACCAUUGUCAUAUUACAUUUGAUACACCAAGCAUAGGUUAAACCCAUAUUACUUUAUUUAACUUCUCUACUAUGUAGGUUGUAUAUAUAUUACUCCUUGUCUGAGUCCAUAUUUUGAAUGCGGUUAUGAAUGUCUUUUUUUAGAAAGUAUUUAUGAGAGAGAGACUUAUUGACUGGGUAAUUUAUGGAAUGACUUAUGUCUCAAGGUGUUAAUAGACAGUUUGAGAUUUUAUAUGUGCACUUAUAUACAAUUUGUAUAUUUAGAUAUGCUUUUAAUUUCACAUUUUGGAUACUUAUAUCAGCAGUAUUGUGAUACUAGACUAGAUUUUUGCCAGGUGAGGUUUUUGGUGAGAUAUAUUUAUAUUAUGCAUUUUUAAGCAUUAUUUACUUUUAUUCUCACUUCACAUAUUCUCAUUACAGGAUAUGUUAAGUUGCUAUGCAUAUAUGUGUACACAUAUGUGUAUGUACUACUCAGUUUAGUCAGAUAAAAUGCUUAUUAAAGAAAAAAAAUGUUUGUGAAAAUAAUUUAUUAAUAAAAGGUUCUGUCAUCAAUACGUGAGAUGGAAUUGUUUCUGAUGAAGAGAUGUUUUAUCAUUAUCAUAUUACAAUAUAGUUAGCUAUUCUAUAUGUAUAUACAGCAAAGUACCAAUAAGGUUUAAAAUGAUAUUUCUUUAUUACUUUAUAACCUAUAUAGGGUCAAAAUCUGGAUCCAAUUUUAAACCCAAAUCUUUUGUUUCAUUCUUUUUCAUUUUCAUUGAACUGCCUUUAUACAGCUGAACCUGAUGCAAAAUCCUAUGUAUACCUUUCUCUAGAAGUUCUACUUUUUUACGGAUAAAACAAAAAGAAUCUGAA